GGCGGGAUGCACGACGCGAUGCCUCGGUGUGGACCGCACAACCUGCUGGCCCUCCUGCUGCUGCUUCGCGCCGUCAGCCGGGGCUUAAGCGACGCAGAUCCUGUGGUGAGCAUGCAUAAGGUGACCCAUCAGGUCAUCAGCGAGGAGCUUUCCAAGACGGUGCUGCUCCCCUGUCUCUUCACCUUGCGCCCCGGGGCCGCUCCAACCCACGAGCCGCCCCGCCUCAAGUGGACCAAAAUUUGGGGCCAGCGAGGCUCGGACGGCUCGCUGAAGGAGCAGUCGGUCCUGGUGGCCAAAGACAACGUCAUCAAGGUUAAGAAGGCUUUCCAGGGUCGGGUUUCCCUGCCCGGUUACAGCGGCAACCGAUACAAUGCAAGUCUGGCUCUGACGGGCUUGCGGUCCAGCGACUCGGGCCUGUACCGCUGCGAGGUGGUGGUGGGCAUAAACGACGAGCGAGACACCGUCCCGCUGGAGGUCACAGGCGUGCUCUUUCAUUACCGCGCCCCCCCCGACCGUUACGCCCUGUCCUUCGCCGACGCCAAGAAGGUGUGCGCCGAGAACUCCGCCGCCAUCGCCACGCCGGCUCAGCUGCAGGCGGCCUUUGCCGACGGCUACGAGAACUGCGACGCCGGGUGGCUGUCGGACCAGACCGUGCGGUAUCCCAUCCAGUCACCUCGGCCCGGUUGCUAUGGCGAUCGUGACGACUCACCCGGCAUCCGUAACUAUGGCAAUAGGUUCCCGAACGAGCUAUUUGAUGUCUACUGUUUUGCCAAGCGGCUACAAGGUGAAGUGUUUCACUCCACAGUGGAAGAGAAGUUGAAUCUGGCCACAGCUUCCGCCCACUGCCAAUCGCUGGGGGCCCAGCUGGCUACCGUGGGCCAGCUGUAUCUGGCCUGGCAGGCCGGCCUGGACCAGUGCGACCCGGGCUGGCUGGCCGACGGCAGCGUGCGCUACCCCAUCAACGUCCCGCGGAGGAACUGCGGCGGGGACGAGCCCGGCGUGCGAACGGUCUACAGCAAUCCCAAUCGCACCGGCUUCCCCGACACCACGGCCAUGUUUGACACUUACUGCUACCGAGCCCACCAGCCUGCAGAUGUGCAAUCCCCCGAGGCCCUGGCUUUACCCCACGCCGCCAUCCCCGCUGCACAGGCAGACUCCCCGCUCAGCCACACCCGCCCGGGCGACCCAUUUCCUAAAACCGACACCACAGACCUGAAGGAAGCGGCCGCGAACAAUUCCUCCGAUAUCUCCGACGAGCACUUGGUCAUUCAUUUGAGCCCCGAGCGGGGUCGGGAUACCCGACAAGACGCCGCCCCGACCGCCCGAUCCCAACGAGAAGAACCCGCCGACUCCAAAAGCAGCAUGGAGAACCACGGCGGUUCAGCCCAAGAGGAAGAAUAUCCUUCUUCUGAGUUCUUCUCAGUGGCCUCUACCACCACCCAGCCUCAAAGCGGUAAAAGCAUACUGGCGGAAUUUGUCAACACGCUCAUGAAGCCUUUCGAGUACUGGGCUGGAACUGAGACGGCAGAAAGCUCCAACAGGAACCAGACUCUGAGUGACAACAAGGGCAACAGCGACAACGCCAUCGCGGAGCACGGGAGUGACCCUUACCCUUCCGGGCUGGUCCAUGCCAGUGGAUUACUGAGUGCUGACGACAGUCUGUCCGAGCAGGAGAAAGAAGAGAUGCCGCUCUUUCCAUUACUGCCUGCAGCCCAAAACGAAAGAGAAAUCGAGUCGGCCACGCAGCAGGAGAGCAAAAAAGCUGAUAAUGGGAUAACUGCAGUGGUCCCUGAAGGCGAAUCAAGCCCAAGUGAACAGGUCAAGUUUCCCAAAGAAGAUCCAGUGUGGGCCAUCAAGUCAUUACGGCGCUUGAGGGUGGGAAUUCCCAGAAAUGUUGGCCGAAGCCGCACUUGGGAGACUCUGGAAGCCAAAUCGGGUCCACUCGAGAUGAUAACCCUGCCCGACUCCUUUCGUCAAGACUAUUCUGGUGAGGGGAGGGACCAGGAUGAAGAUGAGGCACAAACAACCGGGAUUGAUCAGAAAAAGGAAUUGGAGGGGAGUAGUGAUGGGAAUAAUUUCCCAGGCGAUUUUGUUAACACCGUUCCCAGCCGGGAUGACAAUUCCAAUUCGGAAUCCGAACUUGUGACUGUGGCUGAACUCACGACAUCGUCCCACUGGCAACUGGUGGCGCAACCAACCGCCACCAGCUCGCUUCAAACAGCCGAGGAGGCCAGGGGUGAGAUCAUCUACGUUCACCGUCCCGCUGAUAGCCUAUCUUCUUCUUCUCUGUCACAAAGAGGAGAGAGCGCCCCUAGUGGUGGCUCCACUCCCGUUCUUAAGAAGCCAAGGAAAGGUGCGGGAAGAAAACCUGGUCGCGGUGUCGCUAAGGUGGUCACUUCCAGACCGGAGUCUUUGAUAGAUGUCCUGACCACCACUGAGCUCACCACCGUGCAGCAUCUGACAACCAUAAACACUCCGAGCAUAGAUCCGGCAACCACGGCAGUCACCAUUGAACCUUCCUCCGCGCAGGAACCAUCCAUUUCUAUCUCAUGGAUGGAGAAGAUCACAAGCAACUCCUCAAUGGAAUCAUCAACAGCCGUUAAUCAGAUGCCAACCGCUUGGCCCGCCUCCGAGCAGGCUGUUACAGAAAUGGAGUCCAGGUUGGCAGUGUCCGAGUCCUUCGUGUUUGGAAGUCAUCGGAUACCUUCCAAGGGCUCCACUCCAAAGUCGGAGGAACCCAAGACGCCGGCGGUGACGGACGGCAAAGGCGCAAGAAACCCUUUUGGCAUCCUGGUACCCAGCUGGGCUUUUGGGUUCAUCCCAUCAGUGGAGAGUAACCCGUGCCAGACCAACCCGUGCCUCCACGGAGGCAGCUGCCUGCAGGAGGGCGACGGCUAUAGCUGCUACUGCCCGCAGGGAUUCUCCGGGGAGAGCUGCGAAAUCGAUGUUGACGACUGCCAGUCGGACCCCUGCCGCAAUGGAGGAACCUGCAUCGAUGAGAUUAACUCUUUUGUGUGUCUGUGUCUGCCCAGCUACAGCGGCGCCACGUGUGAGAAAGACACGGAAGGCUGCGAGCACACGUGGAGGAAGUUCCACGGCCACUGCUACCGCUACUUUAGCCGCCGGCACACGUGGGAGGACGCUGAGAAGGACUGCAGGGAGCACAGCGGCCACUUGGCCAGCAUCCACAGCCCGGCCGAGCAGAACUUCAUCGGAGGAAUCAGUCACGAAAACACCUGGAUCGGCUUAAACGACCGCACAGUGGAGGAUGACUUCCAGUGGACCGACAGAAUGGACCUGCAAUAUGAGAACUGGCGCUCCAACCAGCCCGACAAUUUCUUUGCGGGCGGCGAGGACUGCGCGGUGAUGAUCGCUCACGAGAACGGCAAAUGGAACGACGUGCCGUGCAACUAUAACCUGCCCUACGUCUGCAAAAAGGGAACAGUGCUCUGCGGAGCGCCUCCUCAAGUGGAAAAUGCCUUCGUGGUUGGCCGCAAGCGCUCCCGCUACGACAUCCACUCCACCGUGCGCUACCAGUGCGCCGACGGCUUCCAGCAGCGCCACGUGCCAACAGCAAAGUGUCGCGCCAAUGGCAAGUGGGAUGAACCGAAAAUCAUCUGCACAAAAUCAGCCCGACGGGCCCACCGGUACCGGCGCCACCACCACGAGCACCACCACAAGGGCAGACGGGAGCGCAGAAAGCACAAGCGACACGGCCACCGAAACGGCGGCCGCCGCGACGCCGACCGGGGCCUUAAGCAAGAUCACUUCUGAACCAAAAGAGGAGCAAGGAAAAUCUUCUUCUUCUUCUUCUCCCCUCCUCUAUCCCUCUUCUCCGUAUUUCUUACUCUCUCUCUCCUCCUUCAGCCCGUUCCUACACCGGAGUCCUGCUGUAUCAUAGGAAAUUCCGGGACAAUAGCCGGGAUGAUAGCCGAUCCCUUCGUAAUCCUUUUGACCUUCCUUUUCUCCCCAUUUUCACUCGCUUGAGUACAAAUUGUAAAUAGGACCUUUUUGCUUUUGGGUUUCUUGACUUUCUAGUUUGGUGUUUUCUUGUGUGUGUGAAAACCGUCACGUCGUUCCACAUUUGCCCAGGCGGGAAAGACAUUGCAAACUCUUGAUUGUUGAAUUCUUCAAACAGUACAUUACGUAAUCGAUGGGAUUUAAAAAAUAAUGUCAUUUCGUACAUUAUAAUACAGCAUUUUCCCAAUUUUGCACACUCGUGUUGAAAGCAGUUAAGUAUUUUAUACGUCACGUCAGACAGUGACGCUGAUGUCAUCGAUUUGUCUUUUUGCGGGAUGCAGUGUCUCCGUGUGAAAGCUUUGCCGUUGCCAUUUUACACUUUGUUCUUGUGUGAUAGUAAAGGCGUGUGUGUGUGCGUGUGUGUGUCAGAGAUAAAUGACACUCACUCGAUUGACUCUAAAGGAAGGCAAGAUACAAGCAGCAUUUUUGCUCUCUUCUUUUUCCUAACAGUUUGCUGUCUUUUCUCUCUUUUUCGCUCUAAAUUCGACAGUUAAACUCGUGGGAUUAACUCCACAUCACUGACUGCGGUAUUUCUUAUCCCUCGCCUUUUUACCCACCUUUUACUUCUCUUUUAAUCUUGGGUGCUCAGCAGAUACAAGAAUACACUUUGCUUUCAAUGUUAAACACUGUGAAGUCGACAAAAAAAGUAUGUGCCCCAGAUUGGUUCCUCGAAACGCUUAUUUUCCAUUUGAUUCCUCAAUUCUCUGUCAACCAAUCAACUAACAGCAGCAGGUUAAGCUCCGCCCUCUACGAUUUGCAAUGACAUGUGCAAAAGGUUGCUGAACAGAAUCCAUGUCUUAAUUCUCACCUUGACAAUGAGAAGGAAAAUCCGAGCUGCUGUCCCACAACUCCUAUCACUUUAAUUAAUCUCUUCGUCUUUAAUUAAGGAAACGGAUUAUCUGCAGCACAGCCGGGGUGCAUGAUUCAUUUUGACGGACACACAGCAGGAAAAAGGUCCGUCCGAGUCAAUCCAGCCACUCGCCGUCGUCAGGCCAAGGCAAGCGCGCACACGUGUUUUCGAUUCGAGUUUAUCGGUGAGCCGAAAACAAGCCUUCAUCGUGCAAUUCCUCGUAAAGAGCCGAGUGUGAGUCUGAGAUGACACGAUUAGAUGACAAUUACGAUGAAAUCGCACAUCUUUUCACAUCUUCUUUGCCCCCAUGCAUGGGCAUUCUAAUUGUAAUUAGUGACAAAUUAGGGUGACAUAUUAAGGCAAGAGUGCAGAGAAUUCAUUUGAAUAAUUUCGAAGGAAAGUUAUUUGAAUAAGGCCAAGGAAUAAAUUCAUUUUAAAAUCUUCUUUGCAUGUAAAUAUACUUAAUUUUAAACUCCGUAUCUGGCUAAUCAUCAUGCAGCUCUUUUUUUAACAGGCUCGUAAGUGUGCGUGUGUGUGUAUAUAUAUUUAUUUAUAUUUAUUGACCUGUCCUCAUAUGAAUUCCAGUCCUAUCAUUGUAUUCUCUCUUUUUUUUCCAACCAAACAAUCAUUAAAAAAACAACCUUGUUUGGAUCAGUCA